AUGCAGUUUGGCCCAAACAAAGGGUUAGUGCAGAAACAGAGUGGUUUCCAGUAUGGGUUUGGACAAGUUUUGAUUGAUGCUGGAGUAUUGGAAGAAUUAAUAAAUGCUUGUAAGAUUGAGGAGAGGUAUAAGGAAAUGGCUGAAAGAAUGGUGAAGGUAGGAGAUGAGAUCUUGACAUCAACCUAUUCUAUUUUUGUCAUUGAAGGACAAUCUGAAAAACUAAGGGAGAGGUUGGUAGGAGACAAAAUUGCUAGUAUAGAACAAGGAGAAAUGAGAAAUGAGAAGGAGAGAUGCACUUUAACAUCAACGAGUCCAGAAAGUUACUCCUAUAAUUACCAUAUUCGUAUUUUCACUCCUGCCAAAACAUACAAAGCUCUCACUCACUGCACUUCUCUGGUUUCAUGA